UACUCCUCUCUCUCUCUCCCUCUCCCUCGCUCCAAUUUCCCCCCUUUUGAUUUCAACUAAUUCCAAAGCCUAAACAAACAGAAAUAUAAGCGGAAAGUGAUGAUAUCCGCAAGGAUUCAAUAUCGAUCAUCGAAGGAUAUCGAUGCUAGCUAGAGUCCAUCGUAAUCCAAGUGCAAUCUCUCUUACUUCCCAAAGUAAUCCAAACAUAUUCCGCAUUCGAUAUGCCCGCGCUCAACACGCGCACACUCAUGUAUAUAAGCCUUCCUCUUCAACAUACCUUAAGGCUUAAACCCUAGCUCCUUGCACACUUGAUCAGCCAUGGCUCCAACCAUGGCUUCAAGUCUGGAGCUAGGAUCCCGAAUUAUCUUCUGGUUGGAGCGGGUGGUGUUCUUCUGCGCCUACACGUCAGCGGCGGUAUCCCCGGCGUCUUGGUUCCCGGGCUUCAUGCUCUCGCUCGCCUUCCAGGCCUUGUCUUUCGUGCGCUCGGUCGUCCAAUGGGAUUGUCCGGAAUUGAAGGGCGAUUCGUGGAUUCUCAUCACCGCGGAGCACGUCGCAGCGAUCCUUCUCGAGGCCUACUUGGUAUUCGGGCGGCCGACACGUCUCGCCGCAACGUCCUUCCUCCUUUUCGAGGUUUCGAGCGGGAUUCGCCUAUUGCUGGCGUGGUGGGCCAAGCAGUCUGGAGAGGUCGCUAAAGUUUGGGCAAGAAUAGUUGAUUGGGAAACCGAGAAGAGUGAAGAAGGAAACAGCGUCGCUAAGCCUGUAAAGAAAAAGACCACCAAAGCCAAGCGGAACCCGAAGCCAGCGGAAGCCGUGGGCCUCAAAGAGAAGACUUCCGAGGGACAGGUUGAUAAGUUGGCAGAGACUGCUAAGGGACAUGUUGAUAAGUUGGAGCAGACUGCUAAUUCGGCUGCUCGCUGUGAAGCCAAUGAUCAGGAGGUGCUGGACACUUCACAAGCAAUGAGUGGAAGGGGAAGCCCCGGGGAACCGCCCUUCAUGCGGCCACAAGAGAGCGGCGCGCAAGACGAAUCGCGUCCUUCGAAGAAACCGAGGCAUAUACGGGCACCGCCGCCAACACCUACGGUUGGGUUGUCUCGCGAGUACUUAGAAAUUAGGGGCGAAGAAGACUCCUACAGCCCGGGAGGAGGAUACUACGAGAGCCCUUGGGCACACGAAAGGGAGUAUCUACUGGAGGAGCUGGACAAGGCCGUGGGCGCAGUCAAUAUGUACCAACAGCUCGCGGGUGGAUACAGCGAGGACAUCCACCAGCUGACCACGGAGAAUCUCCAACUUGCCUCGAAGCUCGAGGACCUGACUGCCCGCUAUGACACUGACCGGGAAGAAUGGGAGCUGCUUCGCUAUAGCUUCAAAGCUCUCUGCCACAACGCUUUCAACUUGGCCGGGAAGAAACGAAACGAGGCCUCGUGUGCGGAGUACUACAAGGAGUGCUGCCUCGAGUACAGCGAGAGCAAGGGCCUCCUCCAGGAGGAGAAUGCUUGGCUAGAGGCGGAGGUGGAGGAGUUGAGAAAGCAGCUCGAGGAGUCCAAGUGCAAGUGCCAGGCCCUGGAGGAGAAUGCUCGGCUUGGGGCCGAGACGGAGUGCUGCCUCGAGCACAGCGAGAGCAAGGGCCUCCUCCAGGAGGAGAAUGCUUGGCUCGAGGCGAAGGUGGAGGAGUUGAGAAAGCAGCUCGAGGAGUACGAGUGCAAUCGCCAGGCCCUGGAGGAGUAUGCUCGGCUUGGGGCUGAGACGGAGUGCUGCCUCGAGUACAGUGAGAGCAAGGGCCUCCUCCAGGAGGAGAAUGCUUGGCUCGAGGCCGAGGUGGAGGAGGUGAGAAAGCAGCUCGAGGAGUCAGAGUGCAAGCGCCAGGCCCUGGAGGAGAAUGCUCGGCUUGGGGGUGAGACGGAGGAGCUGAGGAAGCAGCUAGAUGAGUCCGACUGCAAGCGCCGGGCCCUGGAGGAAGAGAAGACCGGCCUCGAUAUCAACCUGAGCGGCGCGAUUGCCCUGUGCGAGGUCUGUUGCUUCUUGCUCAAGUACAUCUCGCUUGUCAAUAGAGUCAAUAGCUAGAGUUCUCUCCUAGUCACUCUGGAUUAUACUCGGUUUUCUUUCAUGGUCGGAAUGUGGGUAGUUUUCCUCGGGAGUUUUCUCCUAGUCCUAGUUUAUGAAUUCUUUGACCUUGGUUA